UUGUCUCUUUAAAAGGAGAGGCAGUUGCGCCGAUUUUCCAAGCGUGCUGUGGAUACAAUGCGAUGCCCCGCCUGAGCCAGGAAAUGAAGUAUUGUAUUUGACAAUUGUAUUUGUCGCUCUUCCUGUCUGUCAUUAGACACAAGACGCCGGUGAAUGUGGUUGUGGUGGGGGAGAGACUUAAAAGGUCAUUGUAAAUCCCGCUCGGGUAAUAACGGCAGAGACAAAGUAAAUAAACUCAUAAGAUAAUGAGCUAGGUAAACAUGGGGACAAAGUCGACCUGACACGAAGCACGGGUUCCGCCACACUGCAGUGAGCGGAAGAACGCUGACAGCAGCUAUCCUGAGCAUCCAGAGACAUGCACUGCAACCAGGGGACCGUCUUCAAUUAUUAAAGCGGAUCAAGGUGGAAUUGGGCGGAAUCGGGUCCUGUUUGGAGCUGGAAAAAAGUUUGACAUUUGCUUGAGACCAAAAACGAGGUUAAAGGAUGUUGAGGUUGGCGAGCUCCAUAGUCCUGCUCUUUCUGCUCAGGCUGGUUCUUGGCCUGCCUUGGUACCAGGUCCUCCCCAGUCUGCUCAUAUUCUACCUGGGCUCCGGCGGCUGGAAGUUUGCCGAUGUCUUUAUCAAAACCAUCUGGAGAGACUUGCACGCGGCUGGUGUGCUGCUCAGGGUGAAGCUGAAUGUGAAGCGCCACUUGCGUGAGGGCAACACUGUGCCCAAAAUUUUCGCCUCCAUGGUGAAGCUGCACGGUGACAAGCCGGCGCUAAUCUUCGAGGGAACGGGCGAGACCUGGAGCUUCCGGCAGCUAGACGAGUACUCGAACCGUGUGGCCAACCUGCUGCUGGAGCAGGGGUACCGCGAGGGGGACGUGCUGGCCCUCUUCAUGGAGAACCGCAGCCAGUACGUGGGGCUGUGGCUGGGCAUGGCCAAGAUCGGGGUGGAGGCGGCACUCAUUAACUUCAACCUGCGCCUGGACGCCCUGGUGCAUUGUGUUAACAUCUCCAACGCCAAGGCCGUGGUGUUCGGAGGAGAGCUUGCUGGCGCUGUGCAGGAGGUGCAUGCUUCGAUGGGGAGGUCAGUGAAGCUGUUCUGCUCCGGAGACUGGGAUCCAUCAAAGGUUCCUGAGGAGACGGAGAGACUGGAGCCCCUGCUGGAUGCAGCCCCCUCCCACAAUCCGUGCCCCCCCAAAAGGGGCUUCACCGACCGACUGUUCUACAUUUACACCUCUGGGACUACAGGGAUGCCUAAAGCUGCUAUCGUGGUGCACAGCAGGUACUACCGCAUGGCUGCUCUGGUCUACUAUGGCUUUGGGAUGUCCUCCGAUGAUGUGCUUUACGAUUGCUUACCACUCUACCAUUCGGCAGGGAACAUCGUUGGGGUUGGACAGUGUCUGCUCCAUGGAAUGACCGUCGUCAUCAAGCGGAAAUUCUCUGCUUCCCGUUUCUGGGAUGACUGCAUCAAAUACAACUGCACAAUUGUGCAGUACAUCGGGGAGAUCUGCCGAUACCUGUUGAACCAGCCUGUCCGGGAGGCAGAGAAGAAGCACAGGGUUCGUAUGGCACUGGGCAACGGGCUGCGGCCAUCCAUCUGGGAAGAGUUCACCUCCCGCUUCAGCGUGCCCCAGAUCGCAGAGUUCUACGGGGCCACAGAGUGCAACUGCAGCCUGGGCAACUUCAACAACCAGAUAGGUGCCUGUGGGUUUAACAGCCAGAUCCUGCCCUUUGUGUACCCGAUCCGACUGGUGAAGGUGGACGAGGAGACCAUGGAGCUGAUCCGGGGUCCCGAUGGAGUCUGUAUCCCCUGCAAGCCAGGGGAGCCAGGGCAGCUUGUAGGCCGAAUCAUCCAGAACGACCCCCUGCGCAGAUUCGAUGGCUACGUCAACCAGUCAGCGACUAGCAGUAAGAUCUCACAAGACGUCUUUAAGAAAGGGGACAGGGCAUACCUCUCAGGUGAUGUGCUCAUCAUGGACCAGUACGGCUACAUGUACUUCAAGGACCGCACAGGGGACACAUUCCGCUGGAAAGGGGAGAACGUGUCCACAACGGAGGUGGAGGGGACGCUGAGCCGCCUCCUGGACAUGACGGAUGUGGUGGUGUACGGGGUGGAGGUGCCAGGGAUAGAAGGCAGAGCGGGUAUGGCAGCUAUCGCAGACCCAGCCAGUGGGAUUGACUUGGAGAGGUUUGCCAGGGACCUGGAGAAGGCGCUGCCUCUCUACGCCCGGCCCAUCUUCCUCAGAGUGCUGCCUGAGGUCAACAAGACAGGGACCUACAAGUUCCAGAAGACAGAGAUGCGUCAGGAGGGGUUUGACCCCAAGGUCGUGUCGGACCGACUGUACGUCCUAGACUGCAGCAAAGGGAAAUACGUUCCACUGGAUGAGGAGGUCUACCGCAAUAUCCAAUCAGGGAAGCAGAAGCUGUGACCACCAUGACCGUUCCUCAAUUACAGUACCUCAGAUCCCGGAGCUGUUAAAGGAGGCCAUGCAUGGGUUCCAGCAGCAAAAGGGUUAACAAAAAAAUACAUGCAGAAUAAAAUUAAUAUUUAAAAAGGGAUAGAUACUAUUGAGUAAGAAAGGGACACUAAGGGGCAGGAGUCAAGCCAAUAAGGUUUUAGGAUAAAUACUUCAGAUUUUCAUGGGCCAAUGCUGUUUUCAAACCCUUUCUCCCUUGUCUAAAAGCCUGCAGCCCACAAUGACUGCUUUCAGCGGUUUGCAGAUGUGACCACCGACACCCAUUAAAGCUGCCUGCAAACAUGGCUAUUGAUGGCUCAGUGUAACUGCAGUAACAGGGCAUACAUUAGGACAGUCUGGAGUAAGGGUAGACUGCAGUUCCACUAUACCAAGUGAUCUUUAAUUGCAGUUCUUCUACAGUCCUAGUGAUGUUCUGUUAUCACUGUUACAGUUGAAAUGUCAUUAUUGUUAGAUUAAAGAGAAAAUAGCUCUGAAUGUGUCAUUUUCACAAAGGCUUUGCAGUUUAGCUGAAUCUGAGCAGAUCACAAGAAAACUUUUGGAUUUUUUUCAGGAUAUGUGCAUGCUGGAGUUGGUGUAGUUCAGCUUCUGACCAAGCUUUUAUUAACUUUGUAUAAUAUUUUACCUUGGCAGAGAAUGUAGUAAUUGCUGCUAGCAUCCCAGCAAACCCUACUGCACACCAGUUCUGCAUGUGUUGCCCCUCUUCAUAACAUUCACAUGCAGUAGGGCUGGUAAUACUGCCGGCACACAUUUCUGGGAAUUAAAACCAGGGGCUUUGACAGAAGGCUUCACGGUAGCAUGUGGGGAUGUUCUGUAUCUCGUUUUGGUGUUUGUUUGUUUUUCCUACAAGAUGGCUUUUCUCAGACUGGUUGAUAUACGCGCACAUUGUGCACUGUUGCUGCUUCACAAUAAUUCAAAUGUAGUUAUGCAUGAACUCGGAUUUAUUUAAUUCAAAUUGGAUUCUUAAAAAAUACACUUUAAAUGACACUUCCCCGUCUUAUUCAUAUGAAACCCUAAAUCCGCAUCAGCUGCUAUUUGCAAACAAUUGAGUAGAUCAGGGUACUGCACUACUUUCAAGUGAUCGUCUCAAGCAACUGCUGUGACAGCAUCUCACCAUUUGUUUAAGAGCUUUUUGGUUCUUUGCUUGUAUUUUAUAUAUGCAUAUUUCAUCAACCCUGCAUGAAAAGGUGCUGCUGGUUCCUGGUACCUAAUCACUUUGUAUGUUGUAGUUCAAACACACUUCAAUGGUCUAGCUGCAAUGAAAUCAUUGGGCCUACAGCAAAGGUAUUAGGUACAGUUUAUCUAUGGUGUUGUGUUUGAAAUAUUUCUAUAUGAAUUAAUAAAAAAGGAAAACUCAAAUA